AUGUCUGAGUCCGUCUCUCCCACCGCUUCGUCCCCUGCUCAGACCACUGAGAACGAUACGAGUGCUUCUAGUGUCGGAUCUACUGAUGGCGUCAAGACCGAGACUGUUGUUCCCGUUGCUGCAUCUACAGGUCCUGGUAUUCAAUCCUCUGAUGAGAUCCAGCCUACCGCUGCUGCCACUGGUGUUAUAGUUCAAUCCUCCGACGAGGUUCAACCUACAGCUUCUAGCGCCAACACUGCUUCGACUGGUCCCGUGGUUCAGUCUUCUGACGAAGUGCAGCCUACCUCCUCGCAAGACGUUGCCCAGUCAUCAGUUGCCUCUACUGGCGUUCCUGUCUCUUCUGCCGAGGAGGUCCAGCCCACUGCCACUACACAACAGACCGACAGCGUUGCUCCCACUGAUAGCAUUCCAGCCAUCGUCAUCCUUCCCACGCCUUCGUCAACUAGCGGUUCCCAAACAUCAGAAUCAAGCACAGCCGGUGGUAUCAUUGUCGGCCUUUCUACCUUCCUGAAUGGAGGUUCCCCACCACUUCAACUGACGCUCCUGCUUCUGCAACUACUGGAGACGAGUCGAGCACCGACGCUCCUGUGGCUGGCCAGAAUGAUUCUAACAACACCACUGCAAUCGUAA